AUGGGAGCAAAAUAGCCCUCGACGCAUUUCACACAAGUAUUCUCCAGGUUUUAGCGGGAAAGUUGCCCUAUUGGUGGAUUUCAGAAGAGGGCCAAGUCCUUUCGGACAAAUUAAAGGGCACAGAGCCUUUUGACACGACUGUGAAGAUGGAUGAAGUGCAGCUAAACUUGGUUCGACGGUGCCUAUCUGAGGAGACAUCUCGUCCUUCAAUCGAGAAGGUCCGCUACUUAGUCUUAGUCCUAGGCUGCGGUGCCGUUGAUUUGACAAACUCAGUCCAACGACUAAACAAAGAUCACCACAAUUCUGGAGGGUUUGCAAAUGUUCAUAGGUGCAGGCUCCAUGCAAGAGACAUGGAUGCUAGCGUCCCACAAUUGGGCUCCCGCUACCAGAUCUCUUCUACAAUGGCUUGCGAUGACGUUGCAGUCAAGGAAGUAAAAUUUGGUGAGAAUCCAGACGUGUUGAAGAUCAUCAAUCGACUGUUCCGAGAGAUCAAGCUAUGGUUGCAACUUGAGCAUGAGAAUAUUGUUCCUCUCCUUGGAGUUACGGAUGGAUUUGGUUCCCUCCCAGCACUCAUCUCUCCUUGGUUUCAUCAUGGCACUUUGACUGGAUAUCUUCAGCGUAAGCAUAAGAUGCUUUCCUACAAUGCAAAAUUUGCACUGCUCAGGGAUGUAGCUCGCGGACUCCAAUAUCUCCACUCGCAGUCAAUCAUCCAUGGAGACUUGAGCGGAAAUAAUGUUCUUAUUGACAAGAAUGGAAAAGCAAGCCUUGCCGAUUUCGGUCUCUCUGCCCUCCUUCCCGAAAGAAUGAGUCAGGCAUUACUGCCCACCAAUCCCACGUGCACCGCACCAUACAUGGCGCCAGAAUACUUGAUAUUCGAUGAUGAAGGUAACACAUUACUGGAAUUCAGUCCAAAAAGCGAUGUGUACUCUUUCGGAGGGAUCAUGCUGCAGGUUUUGGAGGGCAAGAUCCCAUACCAUUAUAUUGCCAGAUAUGAAGCAAUCAUCAACUGCAUAUCACGAGGGAUAAGACCCAAAAGGCCGCCUGCGCAUGUGGUCAGCGACGUCGACUGGCAUUUCAUUCAGAGUUGUUGGUCACAGGAUAUGGAGCAUCGACCCUCUGACGAAGCCAUCCUAGAUUUUGUGGAAGGACGGCCGUCCUGAAUUAGUCUUAGCAAAUAGAGCCCUUUACCAAUACGAAGUAUCCUCAUAGGUCUGGAACCAUAAUUCGAGAAUCAAGCUCGAACUCGAGCAGAUACUGUCUCAACGAUUGUCCUAGAACUCGUAUAGUUGAGAGGAAGAUUUCAAAUACGACUUUCCUUGUCAAAGAUCAGAUC